CUAAGAUAUAAACAACCGCAGCGGAUGAUGUCUCGUUCAAUCCGUUAGCGUCAUUUUGAUCCGUUGUCAUGACGACGUUUGCAGUCUCUUCCAAGAUGCUUGCUGCUUACACAGGUGCGACAACGCAGGACGACCCAGUACUGUCGCUGCUCGAGUACACGAAGCAAGACUGCGAGAGCAUUCUCCAGUCGUCGCCUCUCGAGACCCCAAUCGUGCACAGCGAGAGUGGAUUCGUCUUUGGCGUCAUUCAAGCGUACAACCUGCACCACAACCUUUCCAUUCGCCCCGACGACGUCUGGCUCGCGAUCAUGAUCCAGUUUGGCUUGUAUGUGAACGGCAACGCCGAGGACCUCCGGCACCACUUUGUUCAGCACCAAGGGCAGAAAGAGCUAACGGUGAAAAUGCCUGGCUCGAUGCGCUCGAUUGAGGUCGUUGAUCUCGUCGCCCAAAUGCUGCUGCAGAUGGACACGCACCUUACGGAUCCAGCGCUGAAAGAGUGGGUGCUCCCAUGCUACUCGACAACAACGGACGACGACAAGAUCGUCGGAAGCAUCGUCUUGAUGGCGGCCAUGAAGAAGUACUUUACCUACAAGGCCUGUCUCUGCUGUGGCAUUCUGUUCGUGACCCUCCUUGGGACCAUUGAGGACUGGGAAGAUAUUCGCGCGCGCGUCGACAAGCUUGCAGCGUACAGCGACCGCAUGACAAAGUGGUCAGUAAUGCUUGCACCGAUCCUCGACCAGUUUGUGCUGGCUGCAAAAUGGCAACCGGACGCCGGGUUCUGGAGUCGGAUUUGCCAUGAGUUUGGCGGCCACUCGGGUCCACGAUACAUUGGCGGCUGGCUCAGCGUCUUUUGCGUGUUUGAUCAAGUCGGACGGUGGCAAGGUAAGAACAGUGCCAUUGACAUGCUUGACGGGAAGCUUCGGUCGCGCCUCAAGGAGUUUCCUACCGUGUCCAUUGACGACAUUCCGCCGGAGUACCUCACAGUCGACAUGACCAUCGAUGACAACGGGGAGAUAUACAACGCGCUCUUCUUUGGUGGGCACAUGAGCUUUGGCUUUGAGGAUCCUCGCGCCAGCUCCUCCCAUGUGUCGCAGUCGUGGACGACGAUGUUCAAGCAAAUACUCUCUGGCGGCUGCUUGAGCUACCAGCGCAAGACGACCAUUGUCCCGCGCCUUUCCUGGACGAUCGCGCGCAAUAAAAACACGUUGUGGAUAGUGUAGCAAUUAGCUUCCCCUUCCAAUGAGACCCG